CACGUUCAGGUUCUAAACCCAGAGACUAGUCAGCAACUGACUCGUUCAAUAGUAUUUCCAUCUGUCAGUGACUCCCUGACAACUGUAGCUAAAUAUGUCAAAGUUGGAGCAGGUCCUUGUUCUCGAUCCCCCCUCUGAUCUCAGAUUUAUAGGUCCUUUCACUGAUGUCGUCACCACCAACCUGAAGCUGAAGAACCCGUCUGAUAGAAGAGUAUGUUUCAAAGUGAAGACCACGGCUCCCAGGAGGUACUGCGUACGGCCCAACAGCGGCAUCAUAGAGGCAGGCGCCACCGUCACCAUCUCUGUAAUGCUCCAGCCCUUUGACUACGACCCCAAUGAGAAAAGUAAACACAAAUUCAUGGUCCAGAGCAUCUUUGCUCCGCCUGAUGAGUCUGAACUCGAUGCUAUGUGGAAAGAUGCGAAACCCGACGAUCUCAUGGAUUCCAAGCUGAGAUGUGUAUUCGACCUGCCUUCUGAAAACGACAGAGUGAAUGACGUGGAAGGGAGCAGCGACGCUGCGGCGCCCGUGCAGAACUCGUCCAAGGCGGCGGACGGCCCCGUGGCGACGGCAGCGGCGAAGACGGUCAGCGCCUCGAUGGACGACUCGGAGAUGAAGAAACUAUCAGAGGAGUGCCGGAGACUGCAGGCUGAGAUGGGCAAACUGACCGAGGAGAACAGACAACUCAAGGUUAGACUGCAGGUUAGGGGUUGUAGAUGGACAACAGACUGGUCUGUAGGUUAGGGGUUGUAGAUGGAC